AUGUUCAGGUCAUGGAGGAGCGACAAGAAAAAGAUCAAAGCUACAUUCAAACUGCAAUUUCAGGCAACUCAGGUGCCACAGCUAAAGAAACCUGCCUUGAUAAUAUCUUUGGUGCCAGAGGAUGUUGGAAAGACAACGUUCAAACUAGAGAAAGCUGCAGUUCAGGAUGGAAUCUGUUCGUGGGACAAUCCAGUUUAUGUAACAGUGAAACUUAUCAAGGAGCCAAAAUUAGGAAAGCUGCAUGAGAAAAUAUACCAUUUCAUUGUUUCAAGCGGGUCAUCCAAAUCAGGUUAUCUGGGAGAAGCUUCAAUUGACUUCGCUGAUUUUGCUGAUGAAACUGAACCAUUGACUGUCUCCCUGCCCCUUAAAUUUGCCAAUUCUGGUGCAGUUCUACAUGCGACUAUACAGAAGAUGCAGGGAGAUGUUGAUCCAAGAAAAAUAGAAGACAAUGAAGGUCCUACACUUUCUCAAGACAGAAGAUUGGUGAACCAGCUGAGCAAUGGCCGUACAGAUGAAAAUAAUGGAGGUUUUACUGAAGACAGGGACUUGGAUAUGCUUUUAGCACAGAAUUCUGAACAAGACAGCAGUUUCAGAUCAUCUAAUGGUGGUAAUUCUAGCUUCAAAUCGAUUCUUAGACAAGACUCGAUGCCUCCGAAGGGAGCAAUUAAUGGCAUCACAACAAAAAACCUCUUGCAUCGUAGAACAAGCACAGAUUGGUCAAUGGGUUCAGUGUCAGAUGGAAGUUUAGUCGUCACAAACAGCCCUGAAGAGAGCCUUCCAAGAGAAUUACAAGAAGCCUCAGAUGACAAUGUUGAAAAACUCAAAAGUGAAUUAUCUAGUCUAAUGAGGCAGUCAGAAUUAUCAGAACUGGAAUUACAGACUCUUCGGAGACAGAUUACAAAGGAGAGCAGAAGGGGGCAGGAUUUAUCAAGACAAGUUAAGGAACUUGAAGAGGAAAGAGAUGCACUCAAAACAGAAUGUGAGCAACUCAAGUCCUCAAAAAAAAGUGCUGAUGGAGGAGAAUCCCUGAAUCAAUUGCGAGCUGAGUAUGAGGAUUCUAGGGUUCAGCUAGAAGAAGUCAGGCGAGAGCUUAGUCACCAAAAGGAUUUGAACACCAAUCUUAAGUUGCAACUACAGAAAACACAAGAUUCAAAUUCUGAGUUAAUUCUUGCUGUGGGAGACCUUGAUGAAAUGCUGGAGCAAAAUAAUAUGGAAAUAUCUUCUCUGUCCAGCAAGCUAGAUGAGGUUCAGAAGAAAAAUUGCAAACGCAGCAUGAAAGAAGACACAGACCAAGAAGCAGUGCAUGCACUGGAAGAAAAGGCUGGGGAAGAAAAUGAAUUAUGUCUACUGAAUCAAAGGGUCACAGACCUAUCUGAUGAGAUAGAGGUCUACAGGGAAACUAGAGAAAAGAUGGAGAAUUAUAUCGAACAACUCACACAAGACUAUGAGGAUCUAAAGCAGGAAAACCAUGAUAUCUCUUCCAAAUUAGAGCGGAGCAAGCUACAAGAACAGAAAUCCUCAGAAUCUUUGGCUUACAUUAAAGAACUUGAAUCGCAGGUACAAAGAUUAGAGGAAAAACUGAAGAUGCAGACAGAAGAAUUUUCAGAAUCUUUGGUUUCCAUCAAUGAACUGGAAAUUCAGGUCAAAGGGUUGGAGAAAGAACUGGAAAAACAGGCACAAGGAUUUGAAAAUGAACUCAAUGCCACGACAAAUGCCAGAAUUGAGCAGGAACAGAGGGCUAUCCAUGCAGAAGAGGCCUUGAGGAAGACAAGGUGGAAAAAUGCUGUCACAGCAGAGCGGCUACAAGAGGAAUUCAGAAAACUUUCUGUGGAUAUGGCACGCAAGUUUGAUGAGAAUGAGAAGCUGACAAUGAAAUCAGUAUCAGAAGCUGAUGAACUCAAAGUACAGAACAGAAUUCUAGAAGAGAAUCUUCAGAAAGCUAAGGAAGAGCUUGCACUGAUGAUGGACCGGAACGGAGUAAAAAUUGAAGAACUAUCGAUGCAACUAGAUUUGAAAAUGAAACAUAUAGAGCGGAUGUCAGAGGAACUAGAGGAUGCUUCCAACCAACUGAAGCGGGGAGGAGAAAUGCAAGUGGCUUUCCUAGAGGAAAUUCAAAUGCUGAAAAACGAGAUAGAGACGCUCAGAAAAGAGAAGAAUGACGUCUCCAAACAGGAAAUGGUGAACUUAAGAGAUGAAACAGAGAAUUCGAAGACAUCUUCAAAAGAAACAAAGAUACUGACGGAAAGAUGGAAAAGAGAGAGGGAAGAAAUAGAGGAAACAUUUGCAUUGACAAAGAAGGAAGCAGAAAACACAAGGAAGGAAUUAUUCAAUUUGAAGUUUUCAAAGGAUGAAAAAGAGGCAAUGGUCAAGAACCUUUCCUUGGAACUUCAAAGCCUCAGAGAUCAGCAGAUUGAGUUAAAACAUAGCCUGUCAGAAGAAGAAUGUGAGAAAGAAAAACUCCAGCAACAAGUAAUCAAAUUAAAGGGUGAGCUGGAAAAGAAGGAACAGGAAAAUACUAGUAUCACAAAGAAGCUCGCUUUUUCAGAUGAAAAGAACUUGACUCCAAUGGACAAGGAAAUGCAGAUGAAAUGUGCUGCAACUGCUAAUGCAAAUGCCAACAACUCUGAAAAAAGAAAUACAGGGGAAAACAUGCUGAAUUCUGAGAUAUACACUACCAGAAGCAAGGCUAUUGAAAGAAAAACAAGAACUUGCUCAAAGGAAGAACUGAGAGUAGGCACUUUCCACCCAACGGAUGAGGGUAUCCAAACUGAACUGUUGAUGGAAAUGGCACAGCUAAAAGAAAGGAACAAAUGUAUGGAAAUAGAGUUAAAAGAAAUGGAAGAGAGAUAUUCAGAGAUAAGCCUCAAAUUUGCAGAAGUAGAAGGUGAAAGGCAACAGCUUGUCAUGACAGUUCGCAACCUCAAGAAUGGUAAGAAGAGCUAG